ACAAGUGGAGACCGGAUGGGCAGACACUACACGGAGAAAGACUUCGAGUAUCACAGACACACAUUUCAUCACACACAUCACCCCCUGUCCACCCACCUGCCCCUGCCACAGCGUUUACGCAAGAGGGUGCACAGCACAGACAGAAAGCGCAAAAAGAAACGUAAGAAAAAAAAGACCUCUCUGCCCCCCUCCGAGGUUACGCCUACCAUCCACGAGGUAGAUGAAGAAGAGGCGGAGUCCGAGAGAGAAGCACAUGAGGUGGCUGCCACUCCGACAGAGCUACCUGAUAUUCAACCACAGUUUAGUUUGGGGAGCCAAGAGGACUUGGAGGAACCCCUUCCGCUCACUACCUUUCACACGGAAAAGGAAGAACAUCUGUUGUCGGGGAAAUCCACACCAACUCCCAUAAAGAGGGAGGUUCAUCUUGCUGUCCUUAGACACCAUAAUGAGUUGAAUGGAGAAGAAGCAGCUUGCAACAGUGUUUCCCUAGGAUCAGAUCCCUCAAGUGCGUCUGCAAACCGUGGCUGGUUCCGCAGGAAGCCCAUCCACCAUCGUCUGGCGGGUGCCCAACGGAGCAACUAUGACCUGCGGGAGCGGAUCUGCAUUGGCAGCAUGACUGCUAUGGAGACUGCCAUCUAUCAGCAGGUGCCCACUGAUGAGGCUGAGGCACAGAUGUUGGCCACUGCGGACUUGGAUGACAUGAAAAGUCACAGAUUUGAGGACAACCCCGGGGUGAGACGCCACCUGGUGAAGAAGUCAUCCCGAUGUCAGAUGGCCCGUGCCAGCAACAGUUCUACACCGCUAUCCAGCCUGAAGAAGAAGAAGAGAGCAGCAGAUAAGAAGACUCAUGAGUUGUUUGUGGAGCUGAAUGAGCUGAUUGUGGAGAAGGACCAUGAAAUGCGUUGGAAGGAGCGGGCUCGCUGGAUCAAGUUUGAGGAGGAUGUGGAGGAGGAAACAGAUCGCUGGGGCAAACCUCAUGUGGCCUCACUCUCUUUCCGCAGCUUGCUGGAACUUCGCCGCACCAUCACACAAGGUGCCAUCCUUCUGGACCUUGAGCAGAACUCUCUGCCUGGCAUUGCCCAUCUGGUGGUGGAGACGAUGAUCAUUUCUGAUCAGAUAAGAGCUGAGGACAGAGCCUGUGUACUCCGAGCUCUGCUUCUAAAACACAGCCAUCCAAGUGAUCUGAAACCUCGUUUUCAUCGCCACCACUCAACCAGCAGUCUGCAUGGCAGCUUCAAUCACAACCACGUCCAGGACACCAGUCUGCCACUGGUAGCUGAAGAGCCAGAUGAACACAAUGAAAACAAAGGGCCGCCAGUAUAUGACCCCAAACAAGAUGUGUUUGUCAGCCUGUUUAAAUCUCUCCACCCUUUGCCUCCUGAGAGCCAUCCAGCUGCAGCCAGAUCUAUGAAACUGCUCGCCAAGAUUCCCAAAGAUGCUGAAGCUGUCAUUGUUUUAGUUGGUAAUGUUGAGUUUCUGGAGCAGCCAGCCAUGGCCUUUGUUAGGCUGAAUGAGGCAGUACUUCUUGAGUCAGUGCUGGAGAUCCCUGUCCCUGUUCGCUUUCUUUUCGUCCUGCUUGGUCCCAGUCAGUCCAAUGUGGACUAUCAUGAGAUUGGACGGUCCUUCUCCACUCUCAUGUCUGACAAGAACUUCCACGAGGUGGCCUACUUUGCUGACGACAGACAGGACCUCCUGAAUGGUAUCAAUGAAUUCUUGGACUACAGCAUCGUCAUUCCACCCUCAGAUAUAGAAGGCAAAGACCUCCUGAAGACAGUGGCUGACUUUCAGAAGCAGAUGAUGCGCAAGAGGAAGGAAAGAGAUCUUAAAAAGCGCCAUUCUGUAUAUGGGAUGGAGCACAUGGACAACAAAGAUGUGAGUCCAGAAGAGGAGGAGGAAGGAGACCAGGAGGUGGACCCAUUAAAGCGUUCUGGGAUCCCCUUUGGAGGCCUGAUCCACGACAUCCGCCGCCGUUACCCACACUAUGUCAGCGACUUGAAAGAUUCGGUGGACAUGCAGUGCAUCGCUGCCGUCAUCUUCAUUUAUUUUGCGGCACUGUCGCCCACUAUAACCUUCGGUGGCCUGCUUGGAGAGAAAACUGAGGGCAUGAUGGGAGUGACCGAGCUUAUUAUUUCAACUGCAACUCUUGGAGUUAUAUUUUCGCUAUUUGCUGGUCAGCCUCUUCUUAUUAUAGGUUUCUCAGGACCCUUACUGGUGUUUGAAGAAGCUUUCUACAAGUUCUGUCAGGCCCACAAUUUUGAGUACCUCACUGGUCGAGUGUGGAUUGGUUUCUGGCUCAUCUUCAUAGUCCUGGUAAUUGUGGCAGCAGAGGGUAGCUUCCUUGUUCGCUACAUCUCACCCUUCACUCAGGAGAUUUUUGCCUUCAUGAUCUCCCUAAUCUUCAUCUAUGAGACCUUCUCUAAGCUCAUCAAGGUGUUUAAGGAACAUCCACUGAAGGCAACAUACCACGAUUCCGCUACCCCAGCUCCUAUGUCUCAUGAUGCCAUCAACCAGCCCAACACUGCUCUUCUGUCUCUGGUCCUCAUGAUGGGCACUUUCUUUGUUGCCUUCUUCCUCAGGAAGUUCCGAAACAGUCGAUUUUUAGGUGGCAAGGCUAGAAGAAUUAUUGGUGACUUUGGCAUCCCCAUCUCAAUCUUAGUUUCAGUGUUGUUGGAUUACUCCAUUACUGACACGUACACACAGAAACUCAACGUGCCGUCAGGCUUUUCAGUAACAUCCCCUGACAAGAGAGGUUGGUUCAUCAAUCCCUUUGGUGACAAACAACCCUUUCCCCCCUGGAUGAUGGGAGCAUCUAUUGUACCCGCCCUUCUUGUGUUCAUCCUGAUUUUCAUGGAAACUCAGAUCACUUCAUUGAUUGUCAGUAAGAAGGAGCGUCGCCUGGUGAAAGGCUCAGGCUUCCACUUGGAUCUGUUGCUCAUUGUCAUUCUGGGAGCCAUCUGUCCACUUUUCGGCCUGCCGUGGCUCACCGCGGCGACUGUGCGCUCCGUCACUCAUGUCAACGCCCUCACUGUCAUGAGCAAAGCCACAGCGCCUGGAGAAAAGCCAGUGAUCCAGGAGGUGAAAGAGCAGAGGCUGACCGGGCUUUUUGUGGCUGUGCUUGUUGGUAUGUCCAUAGUGAUGACAGAUGUGCUGCGCCUCAUCCCUCUGGCUGUGCUCUUUGGCAUCUUCUUGUACAUGGGGGUCACCUCUUUAACAGGCAUUCAGCUAUAUGAGCGCAUCACACUGAUGGUCACGCCUGCUAAGCACCACCCUGACCACAUCUAUGUCACCAAGGUGAAGACUUGGCGUAUGAACAUGUUCACCAUUAUCCAGCUGGGGUGCAUCGUGGCUCUGUGGGUAGUGAAGUCUACUGAGGCCUCCCUGGCAUUCCCCUUCGUCCUCAUCAUGACAGUGCCGCUGCGCCGUGUCAUACUCUCCCGGAUUUUUCAGGAGCGUGAGCUCCAGGCGCUGGAUUGCGACGAAGAUUCUCCCAACUUUGAUGAAGAUGGACGAGACGAGUACAACGAGAUUCACAUGCUUGUAUAA